AUGUUUGCGGACGAUCUAACUAUGCUAUCACGUAUGAAAUCUGGACUGGACAAAAUGUUACGAUGUGCUUCGGAAUACAGUAACAAAUGGAGAUUUACAUUUAAUGCUACGAAAACGGUAGUUUUAACGUUUGGUGAAAGCUAUCGGGAACGUAGUGUAAAUCGCAGCAUUAGAGAUUGGCAUCUUGGGUCACGAGUUAUUUUGGAAAAGGAAUGUUGGUUCAAUCUUGGAAAAAUAUGGCAUGUAAAUAAGGAUUCGUCUGCAUUCGUUUCCAAGGCUGUUACCAGAGGAAGAGAAUCCGGAAUGGUUUUAAUGAAAAUGGGAGCUCGAUAUGGAGGAUUAAAUCCUAUAAUCUCAGUUCAGUUAUGGAAGCGGAUUGGUAUCCCAAAGAUGUUGUACGGUUCCGAGCUCUGGCAAUUGAAUUGUAAUGACAUUGUUGAACUGGAAAAAGUGCAAAAUACUACGGUGCGUAUUAUACAGGGGUUAUUACCUGGAAUAUCAGGGUCUGCUGCGAGAGGGUUGCUGGGCUUACCACCAAUCGAAGCUGAAGUCUAUAAACGGAAAUUGUAUUUUCUGGGACGACUUAUACUAAUGAGUCAUGGUGUUCCGUGCAGAAAGAUCUUCCUCAUGAGAUUAAUACGUUGGAAGUGGAACCAUACAAACACCUUAAAAGGAUUCAUUCCAAAUAUUGUACGAAUUCUUUUGAAAUAUGAUCUCAUGGACUUUCUAACAGGGUAUAUUUUAUCCGAUCAAUUUCCAAGCAAAUCUGCAUGA